AUGCUCAUCAACAAGACUUUCCACGACAUCCCAACUCAGCUUGACAAUGGAAAGCCUAUCCGCAUCUUCAUUAUCGCCCCCGAGGUCCCGGACUAUCCGGAGGCCAAGUUUCCAGGCGUCGUAGUAUUCAGUGAAAUCUACCAAGUGACUGGCCCUGUUGAGCGCUUCGCCGGCCAGAUCGCGAGCCAAGGAUAUGUCGUCGAAAGCAUAUGCCUUGUCCAGCGUGCCCUUCUGUCUAUCACGAAUUCGAAGGUCCUGAAGCUCUCCCGUACGAUGUCGAAGAUCGAGAAGAAAGUCGAGGCGUACGACGAGGACGCGAAGCUCACCAUCGACCUCCUCGUCUCCUUGAAGAACUGCAACGGAAGGAUCGCUGCUACUGGCAUGUGUCUGGGUGGCCACUUGGCUUUCCGGGCCGCUUUUGACCCUCGCGUUCUCGCGUCCGUCUGCUUCUUCGGCACGGAUAUUCACAGUGCCACGCUUGGCAAAGGAAAGAGUGAUGAUUCCCUUAUCAGGGUGCGAAAUGGCGAUUUGAGCGGAAAAGGAGAACUCGUUAUGAUAUUCGGGAAGCAGGACACGCACGUCCCGCGCGAAGGUAGAGACCUCAUCAGGAAGACGCUAGAGGAUGCAAACAUACCAGUCUCUUUCCUCGAGGUACAAGCGCAACACGCUUUCGUCCGUGACGAGCAAUCUAAGGGGAGGUGGGACGCAGCUUUGACCAGGUCCCUCUUUACUUUCGUGAUGGAAGUGUUCGAGAGGACUGCUGGUCGCGAUCUCGGACCGAAGGUCGCUCAGGGGAAAGCACCCGAACACGUUUGCUGA